CUAUGAUUGAUGUAGUAUGCACAAGUACAUUGUAACCUGCCCCGGGAACUCUGUAGGUGGAGCUGGGCGAGUUCCUUGCAGCCUGUUGGUACUAAUGGGGCUCUGAUGACUCUUCAGCCCGUCCAUAAAGCGAAGCUGAUAUCCACUGGGUACCUUCAGUGGAACAUAAAAGCAAACAAAGAAUGAGGGCUUGGUCUCGCACCUUCGUGAACCGACACCCCCUCAUAUCGCCGAUAUCAGCCCGCCCCUGCCUUGUGCCUUGGCGCCUCUAUAGUGGCCGCCAGCUCCAGCACGCCAUGGCCGCUGAACAGCCCCCCGCUAAGGCGCCUUAUAAGCCCAGAUAUGUCGAUAUCGGCAUCAACCUCGCAGACCCCAUCUUUAGGGGUCGGUCCGGCGGCAAGCAGCGGCACCCGGACGACCUGCACGCCGUCGUCCAGCGCGCCAGGGACGUCGGCUGCACCAAGCUCAUUGUCACGGGCUCCAGUUUCAGGAGCUCCAGGGACGCCCUGAAGCUCGCCGACGAGUUCCCCGGAACCGUCUACUCCACCGCCGGGAUUCACCCCUGCUCCAGCGCCAUCUUCGGGCCUCAGCACCCCCACCACCACGAGGCCGCCGACGAGGAGCACACGGCCGCCUGCGACCCGGAUCUGUCCAAGCCCGUGGCCGACGAGCACGAGCCGGACCUGGCCCGUUCCGCCCAGAUCAUUGCCGACCUGCGCGCCCUGGUCCGCAGCGGCAGCGCACCAACUGAUAAGGGUAGCAGCAGCGGUAGCAGCGGGCCGCACCGCCUGGUCGCCUUUGGCGAGUUCGGCCUCGACUACGACCGCCUGCACUUCUGCCCCAAGUCUCUGCAGCGCCACUCCUUCGCCGCCCAGCUCGAGCUGGUCGCCUCGCUCGCCUCGCCCACAUCAUCGUCCCCGGACGACGACGACAACGACAACGACAACGACAACGACGACGGCGGCCCGCCCCAGCCCCUGGCCCUGCCGCUGUUCCUGCACAGCCGCGCCGCCCACCGCGACUUCGUGUCGGCCCUGACGGCCGCCUUCGGCCCGCGGCUAGAGCGCCUGCCGCGGGGAGGGGUUGUGCACAGCUUCACGGGCACUGCCGAGGAGGCGCGCGAGCUGACGGCCGACCUGGGCCUGUACCUGGGCAUCAACGGCUGCAGCUUCAAGACGGCCGAGAACUGCGACGUCGUCAGGGACUUGCCGCUCGACCGCCUCAUGAUCGAGACGGACGGGCCCUGGUGCGAGGUCAGGCCCAGCCACGAGGGGUGGAGGUACCUAGUCGAGCACUAUGCCGGGGUCAGGGCCCGGGAGGAGAAGGAGGCCGAGGAGAAACAGGCGGUGGCAGUAGCGGAGCAAGCUGCUCGGGCAGAGGCAGAGGCAGAGGUGGUGGCGGUGGCAGCUGACGGCGGUGGCGCUGAUGGGGGCUCGGGGCAGCAGACGCCAUCAUCUGCAGCGCCCUCGGCAAAUGGCGAUGCUCGACGGCCGCCAAGGAAAAAGAAGCCGCAGCAGCAGCAGCAGGCCGGUAAGAAAAAUCAGAAGGUGUCAGAGGUUCCCGAGCGCUUCAAGUCAGUCAAGAAGGAGAAGUGGGAGGAGGGCGCCAUGGUCAAGAGCCGCAAUGAGCCCUGCAACAUUGAGCGCAUCGCCAUCAUUGUCGCCGGCAUCAAAGGCAUAUCCGUCGAGCAGGUGACCGAGACUGCCUGGGCAAACACGAUCAAGAUGUUUGGACUAGACGAAUAGACAGACGUUGAGACUUCUGAUAGACGCAGCCAUAGAUGCAGUAUAUGAGCCCACUGACGCGGAUUCGCCUCCAGCGGUUUUUCGCAAAUGAGCGGCCAUUACAACCUAGGUUGUGGGAGCAGGGACAAGCAAGGUGUCUGUCUUCAAGGGCAAGUAAGUUGGUAGCCGUGUCACGCCGCCUGGGAUCCCACCUAGUCUCCCCACGAAGUUUUC